UUCCUCCGACCCAGUGGCUUUAGCGACUUCUACCUCUGCUCCAAGUCUCUGGCCCCCUCGGGCAGCACCUGUGGCCUCUACAACAACAACACUCCCUCUCCACUGGAGCUGGCCUACUGGCGGUGGGUAAAAGCGUUGGCCUUCCACUGCAGAAACACCAGUCAGGACUCCGACCUCGACGCUGAUCCGGAUCGUCGACGCUCGGAAAUCCGGUGUUUCCGCACUCUGGAAGUGAAGUUGACGAAUGCCAAGCUCAUUCCCAGGCCUUUCUCUGCACGCCCCGAGGGGACCCUGUUCUCGGUCUCAAUUGAUGGUUUGGAUAUUGCUCGAGCCUAUUCAGGUACUCAUGGCCAGGUCAUUACCUUCGAGUAA